AUGAAUACUGUACAUAAUGCUAAAGAGGUACAUCUAUCAUGGUUACCUUCUACUACUGGAUCACCUCCACCAUUGAAUGCAGUUCAAGCAGAUUCUGGUAUUUGUUUGAUUCGAGGUAAAAUAGGUGAAAAUUUAAUACCAGGGAAAAUGCUUCUCAGAAAUGGUGCAGCUUCUGUACUUGACAAAGGGAAAGACAUUGUAAUUUCCGAAUUUGAAAUUUUGUGUAACACAAACGUAUUUUCAAAUCAAACUUUUUACAAUUGGGUUCCAGCGUUUUUAGGCGAAGUGCCAACUGGUGCAUUACUUGCUGGUAUAAUAACUGAUACCAAUGAAUUUUUAUAUAUUGCUCGUGCUAUAGUAGAAGAUGAAAUGUGUAUUGGUCAAGUGAAUUGUUCACAAAAAUUUGCACUUGUUUCACACAAGGGUAAAGAAUACAAAGUAAAAGAUUAUGAUGUUCUUUGUUUUGUCAAACAACAGAAUUAA